AUGGCUGCACCCAGCUAUAUUAUUUCAAGGGCGGUGGACCCGGUCUUCGCCAUUUUCAUUGGAGUCGCGGCUGCUGCAACCCGUAUCAACCGCGAGGAGAAAGAGAAGGGAAGGACGACUUCAGAGACUCUCGCGGCUGCGAAACGCCGUAUACUGGGUCUUUCCGGCAAGACAGCUGUAUAA